UCACACAACGGCGUCCUAUUAAUCUCCCUCGGUGCGUCUCACACGAGUCUCGUGUUCGUUACCCAACAGCGUUCUGUGUUUUCGUUGUCAACCCCUUAACGUACGAGUCCAUCGACUACUUCUUCGGUCGACGUUUUCCGCCAUUUUUUUUUGUACUUCAUAACAGCUGCGGGCGACAACCGGACGGAUCGCUUUGCUGUUGUACGUAUUGCACAUCCAUUGCUGUUGUGUGUUCAACGUUCCGCUCAAACAUGGACAACAUGACCGUUGCCAACGGCGUGGGAGCUGCAGAACUGUCAGCGGGUGCAAGUUUACUUUCAAGACCUGCCGAUGAAUACGGAAAUGAUGGAAAAGUCGAAAUGAUGUGGGCCAUUAAAGCUUAUGAACAUGCCGAAAUAUAUUUUAAUUUAAUAUGUUCAGUUGAUCCGAAAUUGUUAAGACUGACUCCACAUGAUGAUAAGAUUUACAAAGAAUUUAGACGAUUAUUUCCCGACCUACAAAUAGAAGUUCUGAAUGAAGAUGAUAUUAAAAACGACGCUUUUAAAAUUAAAUGGAGAAGAUUCUGCGAGCUUUAUAAAAAUAUGGAAAACUACAACUUUGGUACUUUAAUCAGAAAGGACGUACAUGGAGAUUACACUGAGAGCAACAGUUUUAUUGUUAUUAGAAUACAGUUUUAUGCCAUUGAACUUGCAAGAAAUAGAGAGGGAUUAAAUGACAUUCAUUUCAUAAACAAUAUUUAUGAUAAAGAAGACUUUGAACCAUAAAUAUUAAACCAUUAAUGUAAUAUUUCCUUUCUUU